UCGAUCGACAACGAGCAAUUAUCACAAUACUAAAUUCACGAGACUGUCAGAUGAAUAACAAAGUGACAAGUAUAACUGAAAUUUAUAUAUGUACAUUUUCAUUUAAUGAACAUCCAAUUUAACAGUUUGUUCCACUUUCGAUAACGUCGUUUUCUACGGCAAUUAUUCAUUUUCAAAUAUUACGCAACGAUCGUCUUGUUUCCAUUUAUUCAGAAGUAAGUGACGAAAAUUGACUUUCUCUAGCAUGUAUUUACACGCGUUUGAAAAUCACUUUUAACCUGAACUUACGAACACCACUAGAAAGUGUGUUAACGCGAAAAAUAUGGAAGGUGUGCCCCUUGACAUAGGCCAUUUUGAUGUGCGUUUGGGCUUGCAGGCAUUGUUCCUCCAGGGGCAGAUGGAACUAGCUGAGAAACUUGCAGCUUGCGGGCUAAACAAUAAUUGAGGAAUUGUCGAGAAUUCUGAUCGACAGAAUAUUUUUAUCGACGAUUUUUAAUUGAACUUGAUAUUGUUAAUUUGCGAACGUGAGGUGUUUGAAGAACAUUACAAUCCACACGGUUACAGUAGCUCAAUCUUGUUGGGAACAGAACUGAUGGAAGAAAUAAUGGAAAUCGUGAAAGUCGAGAAUGCAGUAUUCUUGGAAGACACGGCGUUAGAAAAUCUAUUUGAUCCAGAAGACGUACAAGAAACUAUUAUAAUGUCUGCUGAACAAGAAGAAUCUACCGACGCAGAAGUUAUUGCUCAUGAUGGUCAAAUUAUACAAAUUAUAACAGAUUAUGAAUGUGUUACUUGCCAUCGUAUCUUUCAGUCGCAAGAUAUGUUGAAGGAACAUUUAGAUAUAUGCAGAGAGGAAGAUGACAGUAGCAUAUUGCAAUUAAGACUUGAGAAUUAUGAAUCAGAAGAUGAAGAGGAGAAAGAUAAUAGCUCAGAUUGUGUUAAUAAUUCUAAUGCAGAAGAUGACAGUUCCAAUAAUAAGAAGAAUAAUAAUGAUAAGCCAGUGAUUACGCCUGUACCUGAUACGCAAUGUCAUUGCUGCGCCGAGGAUUUGACCACUGCACAUAGUGGUGGGGAAUUUAAAUGUCAGCAUUGUAAUCUAUCGUUUAAAAAAAAGUCGUCUUUGGAAAGACACAUUGUGGUAAUUCAUUGGCAGUGUGAUUCGUGUACCUGUAAAGAUUGUGGAGAAUCAUUUCGUGAUAGAAAAUCAUUGAAUAGACAUCGUUAUACAACUCACGCUGAUAAGAAAAUUUUCAGAUGCGAGCCCUGUGAUACCUAUUUUUCGCGGAUGUAUCAUUUAAAUCGUCACAUAAUGCAGUCAGGAUGUCACGGAAAUAUUCUUAAUACGUAUAAUUGUCAAGUUUGCCAGAAAAUGUUUACACGUAAAGAUAAUCUACGUGAACAUCUACGAACACAUGCUGGAACUCCUCAGAGACAGAAGAAGCCUUGUAAAUAUUGUCCUAAAGAAUUCUUUACUAAUCAACAAUUGUUAAUUCACGAACGUGUACACACAGGAGAACGACCAGUUCAGUGCGAUUUAUGCCCAAAAUCUUUUCUAUCUUCUCUUGCAUUAAAAAAACACAGACGUGUACAUACAGGAGAAAAACCAUUUGAAUGUCAAUAUUGUCAAAAGAAGUUUGCUGCUCGGGAAACUUUAAAUCGUCAUCAGAGAACUCACACCGGCGAGAAACCUCACGUUUGUCAAUAUUGUUCAAAAUCAUUUAUUCAGGCCGCUCAAUUGAGAGCACAUAUAUUUCAUCAUACUGGUGAAAAUGGAUUUUAUUGCGAAGUAUGUGGAAAAGCAUUUAGUAGAAAAGCUCGGUUGAAUGUUCAUAAAAAAUUUGUUCACGAAGGAGCAACACCAUUUACGUGUCAAAUGUGUGAAAAGAAAUUCAUAAGAAAAGAAGAUCUUGUUAAGCAUGUAAUACUUCAUACAGGAGUUAAAGCUUAUAAAUGUGAUAAAUGUACGAAAGCAUUUUCUACAAAAUCUUCUUUGCAAGCUCAUUUAAAUACUCAUAGACGAGAGCCACCACAAUCUUGCGUCGAAUGUAAUAGGGUCUUCAUACGCCAGGAUUGUUUAAUGAGGCAUAUUAAAGCAAAGCAUCGUGCUCUGCUAGAAGAAGUGAUGGACGAAGUCGAAAAAAAGAAUUUGCAAACGCAAUUAUAUAAUAUCGCCACAGUUGCUGCAGAAAGAACAAAGAAUGGAGAGUCUACAAAAUUGUCCACUAAGGAAUUGCUAGAAGCUAUCACCGACCUUUUGAAAAUAUUAAUUGAUGACGAUACUCUUCAGCUUUUUGGUUGGCCUGAUGCUCCUAUUGAAGAUAUCGUAGAAGCUGUAAUUAGAAGGUGUGGACACGAACCGUUAACAUCAGAUUGUAAAUUAUCCUCUGAUGAAAGAUUAAGGGAAAAUAUAAAAUGCUUGUUUAUGGUUGUCAUAGAAGAUAAUAGGGUAAAAUCUCUUUUAACAAGAAACACGAUAGACGAUGUUAUUGUACAUGUUUUAAAACUUUCAAAAGAAACAAAUUUAUAGUUACGGAGAAGAACAAAAUUAUUUACAUGUAAAGUAUUCAUCUUUUUUUUUUCCCAACUACCAUUGAAUGAAUUUAAAAAUUUAAUUUCUCUUCUCUAAAUAUAAAGAAAAGAAAUAAUAUCAUUUUUAUACAUUUGCAUUUCUGCAGAAAAAAGAUACAUUUUACUUAUUGUUAGAUCUAACAUUGUUAAUUCUUUAAUGUCAUAUGAAUCUUUUUAUUAGAAAACCAAUUAUACCACAUAUAUAAUACACAAGUGUAAUUAUGGGUAUGCCUAUAAGUGUAUCUGUAAGUAAUUGUUAUUAAUCAUGAAUAUAAAUAUUAUAUUAUUAAGCAUAAACAUAAAUAGAUAAACAUACAUAGAUUUCCCAACGUAUGUUAUUUGAAAGCAGUCUAUUUUUUUUAUAAUAUACAUCAUUUGUAAAAUA